AACAAAUUUUACACGUGUCUGUUGUGUCAUUCAAAAUCGUUCAAGACUUUGUUUACAGUUUUCCUUGGCGGAACAACGUUAAUUUCAGCUAUAGUCUGCAUAAUGUGAAUUCGUUUUUAUUCUACAUUUAAAAUGUUUUGGACAAUCGUUGCAGUUGUGUCAUGUAUUAAAUUACUCCUCUUACCGUCUUACCGAUCAACGGACUUUGAGGUACAUCGGAACUGGCUAGCAAUAACACACAGUCUCCCAAUACAGAGGUGGUACUAUGAAGACACUUCAGAAUGGACCCUGGACUAUCCGCCACUCUUCGCUUGGUUUGAGUAUUUGCUGUCCCAGGUGGCCGUGUUCUUUGAUCCUAAAAUGCUGGAAGUUCAAAAUUUGAACUACGCCUCAUAUGAGACAGUACUUUUCCAGAAGUUAUCUGUAAUUUUUGCUGAUUUGGUUUUUGCAAUAGGAAUUAAAGAAUGCUGCCAUUACCUGAGUGGGAGUGGGGUGCGUAAGAGUAGCAGAUGGGGGUUACGCUGGGGCUCUCCUGCAGCUAUCCUCCAACUAUUGCUGCUUGGAAAUGCUGGUCUCAUCAUCGUCGAUCACAUUCAUUUUCAGUACAAUGGCUUUCUGUUUGGUGUGUUACUGCUCUCUAUCGCCAGGGUAUUGCAGGGCCGGUGUCUGGAAGGAGCAUUUUGGUUUGCAGUGCUACUUAACUUGAAGCACAUCUUUGUGUACAUUGCUCCUGCAUAUGCAGUAUAUUUGCUGCGGAACUACUGUUUUGACCGUACCAAAGAGGCACAUGCCACUGAGCCUCUCAAGCUGAGUUCAUUCUCCUUUGUACGGUUUUUCAAGCUGGCAGCUGUGGUGACGGCUGUCUUUCUCUUGUCUUUUGGACCAUUCAUCAUCAUGGGGCAGUUGGGUCAAGUAUUAUCCCGAUUAUUUCCAUUCAAACGAGGACUUAGCCAUGCUUAUUGGGCUCCCAACUUCUGGGCUCUUUACAAUAUGGCAGACAAACUUCUCACAAUUGCAGGCAGAGCUGGAGGGCUGAAGAUUUCAACUUCAAAGGGCAGUAUGACUGGAGGCCUGGUACAGGAGUAUCAACAUUCAGUUUUACCCUCUGUCGCUCCUUCGACUACAUUUGUGUUGACUCUACUCUCUAUUGUGCCCUGUUUGGUGAAGCUAUGGCGUUGUCCAGGCAAUCCUCUCCACUUUGUCCGCUGUCUGGUGCUAUGUGCUCUCUCCGCCUUCAUGUUUGGUUGGCAUGUCCAUGAGAAGGCUAUCCUCAUUGUUAUAAUUCCACUGACGCUGUUGGCAGUAGUGUGGCGCAGGGAAGCCCAGACCUACCUUCUGCUGUGUACGGUUGGCCACUUUUCUCUCUUCCCACUGCUCUUCACACCCAUGGAGAACUGUAUUAAAGUCUGCCUGUUUCUGUUGCACUGCAUCUACGCCUUCCAGAAGCUUUCCUCAUUGUUUGACAUCACAGACAGUAGACAUUCUCUCCCUCUCCUCUCCCUGCCAGAGUCUCUCUAUGUGUUCAGUCUAAGUGUUCUGAGUCUGUUCGAGUAUGUUGUCUUUCCACUGUCAAGUUUGAGUAAGAGCUAUCCAUUCCUGCCAUUGAUGCUGAUUUCUGUCCAUUGUGCUGUUGGUGUGUUGUACUGUUGGUUACAAUACUACUGGCACUUUGUCACUAUGGACAAGGCCAGCCGCAAGCGUAAAGCUUAUUGAUUUAGUGUAAUAGAUGUAUAAUUUGUGAUAUUUCACCUUGUACAAGGUAUGACCAAAUAUAGAUGUAAGUAAUAUCCUGACAGACCUUUUGGUUAAUGUUUUAUUUUUGUAUGUUGUUAAUUGUAUGUUGAACUUUUGAAGUUUGUUCACAAGAUGUAGUAGACAGGUCCAAAAGAAAAUAUUUUUAUUUAAUACUUCUUGAAUAGUGGAUGGAAAUUGGAACAUAAGAACACUUUAAUAAAAAUGAUAUAACAUUCAACUGAAUUGAAAAUAAAUGUAUCAAGUUAUCCAUAACAUUGAUAUGUUAUCAUGCUAAUUUAUUUUAUAUGUAUGGUUUUAAAUAUAUGGUUUCCUUAAAGACACUUUUUGUUAAUCUCAGAGGUAAGGUUUAAAAAAAUGAAACUAUAGGAGACACCCUCCUAACUGUCCAUUUUUUUUGACAGACUCACUUUUUUUAACUGUUGUUGUUGAUAAAAACAGGAUUUAACAACGACGUCUUAUAUGUAUUUGUCGCAGUAUAUCUAUUUAGCAUUACUCAAGUAGUGUUGGAGCUUCCAUUGUAAUUCAAUUAAUUUUAUGGCUCGUCUGUUCUUAAACCUGACUCCCGGCCCUAAAGUGUCUCAUUGGGGUGUCUAUUGUGUACCUCUUAAAAAUACAUGAGAUAAAACGUAAAUCUUUAAAAACUCAUUUUCUUGUCUAUAUUAUCAAUUUAUGUUUAGGAAAAUAAAACCAAGUUUAGAAUGGUAGUAAAUAUAUUUUGAUAUUGACUAACUUAGUACAAAUUAAAACAAUAAUGCUGCCGUAGUAUUAUGUCUAGAGUACUGUUUGAUCAUUAGCUUUUUAAGUCUCUAUAUUCCAGAAUUUCAAUAAACUACUGACUGUUAAUACUACAUUGGAAAACCAGAAUGUUUUUACUAGAUUUAAAUGAAUAAUAGUGCUAUUGAUUUGUAAUUUGAAGAAACUACUUUUGAUUAUAUUUUGUACAUAAUUGUUAUUGUAUUUAUUUUAUUUCUGGGGCAGAAUCAUCAGUUAUAAAAUUGUUGUAUAGCUUAUCAAAUAAUUCUACACAUUUCAUAUAACAUUUAUUGAUUUUUUCUAUGUAUAAUGUAGACUGAUCUUAUCCUUCAUUGUGAUAAGAUUAUCUUUCAACUUUGGACAUUUAAUUGAAGAAAAGAUUUUAAGCUUAAAGCAUUAUUUAUUAGCUCUCCCAAUUUUUAGAACUGUGAUUGUUAAAAUGCAACAUUACAGCCAAGGUGGUGAUUCUGUUUUGGAGAAUAUAUGAAGAAAAGACUUGGAAUCACAUGGAAAUAGAUUGCAUUUGUUGUAUUUAUUUUACAUUUUCCCAUCUAGAAUAUAUUGUGAUAAAAUUUGGGGAUUGUGAAAAAGUGGAAAUAUCAAUAUUUUUAGUACAAAAAGAUGUUGAGUUCCUAAAAUAAUAUUGUCUAUUUAUGUGUUUUUGCAAAUUGCAUGAGACAGUGGUUAGUAAUGAUUUUCUACUCAUUCUAUAUAAAUUUUAAGUUUAAACAGUGUUUUUACUUCAUCACACAUACUAUUCAACUUAUUUAUUUAUUUUUCAAUUUUGUCAUAAAACUGAGACUUUUAUAUAGUAUAAUUUUGUUCACAAUGUGCAGUAGAACAAUAUAAAAAUAUACUAAGUACCUAUCUUUAUUGGUAUUCCAUGCACUGGUCAACUUGUGUAAAAUUGCAAAAGGCAUUGUUAAGCAAUUUUUCAUUUAAUGCCUAUAUUCAAUGACUGUAAUGGACCUCAAGCAAACCCAUUAUAAACCAAAUAUUCUAUAUUUAGUUGUGAUUACAAGGUCCUUUGUUGUACAGGUCAAACCAACAAGAAAUUUAGAUGGAAACGAGCGUUGAGUCAACACAUUGAACUUCUCUAGUGUAAAAUCACAGCUAUAAUACAAUUGGUCUCUUCAAUAUAUAAUCAAUUGAUCAUACUGAUUGGUUAUGAUUUUGAUAGAAAAUUCAUCCUGAUUACUACUACAGAAAAUAUAAUUGUAUAAAACAAGAAUUAACAAAUAAAUAUAUGUUGGUUUUAGUAAACUGGUGUUUAUUACGGUCCAAUCAGGACUCUAACACUAUGGGUGCACGUUAUUUUAGUGUAAUCAGGCCAUUUAACAACAUAUGGAUGAUUUUUUCUAAAAUUUUAAAGAGAUGAGUACUUAAUAUUUACAAAGUAUUAAAUGUUGUUUUGUAGUUUUGGAAAAAAAAAAAUUUUUCUUAUUGCACAGUAUUUUUUUUAUGAGAGGAGUGAUGAAUUAUGUAAUUAAGUCUCAACUUUAACCCCCUCUAGAGUAAAUAAUUUUCCCAGAAACCAAAGCGUUUAAUAUGACCUCAACUCACAAUGAAAUUAUGAGACUAGUUUUGCAACACCGAGACAUUUUUUUCUAGAUAUUGGUGGCUGAGCAUUAGAGUUAAGCUUAUCACUACAAGGGACUGGAAAAAUUUUGUUUGUCAAUACAAUAUUUCAAAAACAAUCUAACCUUGAAAUUUUGCAUGAGUUUUCAUUUCUAUACGGACAACCUCGAGUUCAAUGAUGGUGCGUGUCCCUCAUUCAUCAUAGGUUGGCUACAUUUCUCUUCUGUCUAUCUGCAGAUUAUCUUGAGGAUAAAAUGAGCUAUAGAGUUGAAAUAUUGCAUGCAACUUCAGCGAAGCCUGUUAUGUGUGACAUGUGGUCUGGCUUACUCCUACCUUAAUAUAAAACAGAAAAACCAGUAUUUCUGCAAAAAUUACAUUUUUUAUUUCAGAAUUUUAAAACAAUUUCAAGGAAAUAAUGCCAAAAUUAAGCAAAAACAUUCCUACUGUUCAAGAGAAGUGUGCCCAAACAGCCUGUUUGUGCCCAAAAGAGGCAAUAUCUAUACAGGAAGACAUUCUGUUUCUUAAUCACAACCUUACUGAAAUAAUUUUUUGCUAUAUUUAUAGUGCAAUUACGAAUUAUUGACAUAAGGCUUUGGAUAGAAGCUACACCAAGGCAGCAGUUUAGGAUCUGGAAACAGCUAAUACGUACUCCACAGUUUACUACCAUUUCAUUUUCCUCUCCAAUUUUUAUCCAUUUUCCUAUUUGGUUAUGCUACUGAUGUUUAAAAAAAUAUAGAAAGAAAUUAAAGGGUCUGAUACUCAAUGUUUAUUUUAAUGUAAGUUUUUAAUAUACUUUGUAAUAUUGUAUAGAUAUAAGGAGUGACACUAAGAGAGCCCCUAGCCACUCCAACACAUCCUCCAUACUAAACUAUAAGUAUUGACCAGCCCUUUUUACCCCCAACGUCUUGACAUCUGCAGUUCACAUAGGUUUUUGCUGUAUCCAGUAUAGAUUCUACGGAUAGAUAUAAACCAGCAAGUAGUGAAGCUUCCUGGGUUUCUAGUACUAUAAAUCCUGAAAGCGCUAAGAAAAUUUUGUCUAAGUUGAGUUUGCAUACAUUUAGAGUAUUUUUUUUAAGCUGUUCGUUGUUGCUAAAGUUAAAUUUAUUUAAUUUUCUUUACAACAUGAAAUGACAAAAAGUUUUAGUUCAUGUAAUAUGUUUAAUGCUAUUGCUAGGACACAUAUGUUUUGGCUGUAAACUAAAUUAUUUUGUAAAUUAAUACUAAUUCCAUAAAUAUAAUGUAACAGUAUAAAAUAAAAUGUUACAAAUUCAGUUUAAUGUAUGAUUGUCUUCAAAUAACGUAAACAAAAACAGUUGUUUUCACCAUAUUUAUCUUGUAUCCGUAUGUCAUGUACUAGUCACUCUAAGAAACAAUUAAUUGGUUAAUUAUUUACUAUCUUGGUAACAUAUUCCGGUUUGCUUUCCAGCACCUAUAAAUGAGUAACUUCGUGUAAGCCUACACAUGCACUGUACUUUUAUUGUAAUUUAAAUAAUGAAUUAAAAUAAGAAAUAUCCGGGAUCUGGAGGUUAUAGAAUACCUACCAGAAGAAAGGAAAUGGAAUUUGGAAAAUAUUAUUUCUGAGGUAUAGGAGAGUUUUCUACACAAACCAAAAGUGCUAACUUUUUCAGAGAAGUAUGGGAACUUCUCAAAUCAAACACUGAGUCUAUAAUAUGUUAAAUAGACUAAUAAGAUUACUAUUAUAUGUUGGCACAUAUAAAAUUUGUUUUUAAACACCAUUAACCAUUAUACCUAAACUUGCAUAAACAUAACAUCAAGUAAUAAACAUUAAAACAAAUCUGGAACAGUUGAACUAAGCAUUUCUGUUUGGUCAUCUAGUCAUUGUUUAUUAACCGUACGAAGAAAAAAUUAGAUACAAGUGACUUAAGAUGUUAGUGGGGAAACUAAUUAUUAAUUAAACUAAAACAUCUAAGUACACAAUUAAAAGAUUUCUUAAACAUAUUUUGAAUGCUAACUUUUUGGUAUUGCCAGUACAUGAGGAUCUUGAUCACCGAUGUAUCCACAAAUUCAAGGAUAAACGUAUUGUUACAGGUAAUAUUGAUAUUGUAUGUACCUUUUUACCUGUCCCAUUAGUUAUAAAGUUUAUAAAUGAAAAUGUUAUUAUUGUAUGUAUUAGUUAGUUUGGAGUUAAUUUGUAAAAGCCCAUGGAUGUUAACUAAAGUAGUCUUGUUUUAAAGACUAAGUUUGUUUGAAAUAAAUAAAUUGAUUUCUGCA